UGCUAACCCAACAACCUCUGAACUCAACAACCUCUACAUAUGGAUUUCACUCAUCCUCAUGUGCUAAUCGUAGGGGCCGGGCCAGUGGGCCUGGUAGCAGCGUUGACGCUCCUCCAGAACGGCAUCCCAAUUCGCAUUAUCGAUAAAGACCCUAAACCUCACAUCGGACAGCGUGCUACUUCACACUGGCUACGGACACUCGAACUCUUCAACUCCCUGAAUAUCCCAGAAAUCAACAAUCUGGGGGUUCUAGCCUCUCCCGUCCGUUCGUACAAGUCAGGGACGAUGGAGUCUCUGAUACAACCCUCGAACCUCCCGACUAUGGAACCUAACCCUGCGGUACCAUUUGUGCGCAAAACUGUCGUCUGCUCAGUGCUCAAGUCGUCAUGUUGCAGCCGAUGAUGUUAUAUAGAUGUAUCCUAAGUGGACUAUAGCCCCAAAAGCCCGAUACAUACUCUUCUAUUGUCCAUAUGGAUGUAUCUUUCUGCCUGUAUCCUGUGAGGAUUACAAAUCCGUUUGCUGGCUUUGCAUUUCUGACACAAUUUUCAUCUAUUCGACUCGGAGUCUCGAGAUGUGACGCUUUCUGUAUCCGCAUCACAGAUACUGUUAAUACCUCUCAGUGUCACUGUGCAUUAAUUUCGAGGAGCACAUGUAUUU